AUGAAGGUACAGCUUGUGAGUGGAGGCGUAGCUGUUGGAACCCUUCUUCUUAUUGAGGAGGAUAAAUAUGGCCUUUACUCCAAUUUGUUGUUCAAGUAUUUUCUCGCAGAGGGAAUUGUCUGUGGACAUGACCUGUUUGUUGCUUCUGCCAAAGAGCAUCCUGACAACAUUUUGAAGGAACUUCCAGCCCCUUUGCUUGAUGAUACCUACAGGAAGGAGCUGGGAGAUGAAGCAGAAGUUGUUAAUUCUGAGGAUUUUCAGGAUUCUAUGAAAAUAGCCUGGCGCUACCAAAAUUUACCAAAAAUUGAGGCCAGCCCAACAACCUAUACAAAGUUUGGCCAUUAUUAUGAUCUUUCUAAAAAAAUGCCUCCAGAGCUGUGUCAGUCUGUAAAGUGGCACAGUUUUUACCUCCAUGAAGAAUCGUCUUUUGAGCCCAAAAUGAAAGCAUGGAAUAUGAACAGUGGUUAUGCAAGGCUGCUUCAGUCCCUUCAGAGGAUCAUUUCCCAGGAAGGCUUUGAUGGCUCUGAUCCCCAGAAGAAACAAAGGAAUGUUUUACGGAUAGGAAUUCAGAGCCUGGGCUCUGUUUUGUGGGGUGAUGAUGUUUGUUGCAGUGAUCCCCCUGAAGAUCCUCACAGCCUGACAAAAUUUCUCUAUGUUCUCCGUGGCCUGCUCAGGAAAUCUUUGUCAGCCUGCAUCAUCACAGUGCCCUCUCACCUUAUCCAGAAUAAAGCAAUUAUGGAACGUGUAACAAACUUGUCAGAUAUGGUAGUUGGUCUUGAAUCAUUUAUUGGCUCUGAGAGAGAAACCAAUCCAUUGUACAAGGAUUACCAUGGUUUGGUUCAUGUGCAUCAGAUUCCUCGGCUUAAUAGCUUGAUCUGUGAUGUGUCAGACACGAAGGACCUUGCUUUUAGAUUAAAAAGGAAGCUGUUCACCAUCGAGCGGCUGCAUUUGCCUCCAGACUUGUCAGACACAGUGAGCCGCGCGAGCAAACAGGAUCUGGCAGGAUCCGCCAAACUGCUGAGCUCAGGAUGCGGCGCCGUGGCCACGGGCAACCAGCACCUGGACUUCUAGAGAUUCCUCCUUAGCAGCUCCACUCACAUUCAUCUGACACUCUCAUUAGGAGUGCUAAUGACUUAGAGAAAUAUUUUUCUUAAUGAUUUGACCCAGCAGUCUUUAAAAAUACGUGUUGUCAUAUGAUGCCUUCCUUUUUUUUUUUUUGUUUGGAUUUUGCUUUUCCUUAAAGCUUCUGUUCUGUUGGGUCCUGCCAUUGUUCUGCUCCAUUGGAAACAGGUAGUAUCUUGUUCCUUUCCUUAAAAUACAAAAAUUGCAAUCACCCUUUCAUUUCUAUUUUUUUUUCCCAUUAAAAAUAAAGGGAUAU